AUGGUCUUCUCCAAGCUAAGCAUCGAGGACAAAGACAAAGAAGUUCGUCGUCAUCAACUGUGCCGGAACUGUUUGCGCAAAGGACACCGAGCAGAUAAUUGUCCCUCUUCCAGCACAUGUCGCAAGUGCCAUGGUCACCACCACAAUCAGCUCUGCUCCGACUCAUCGUCAACAUUUCCCAGCGCCAAGGUUCCAGAAUCAUUUCAAUCAAAAGAAGAUCGAACACAAACAACGGAUGAUAAAUCGUCGGUGUCGAUGUCAGCAGCCCUCGGAGAAACAGUUGCUAACGCUUAUUCAGGUCGUGGAGUGAAAAGCGUCGUUUUAGCAACAGCGAUCGUAUUGGUGGUUGACGAUAGUGGUAUUGAACACCACGUCAGAGCUCUUCUGGAUUCCGGCAGUGAGUGCUGCUUUGCAACUGAGUCAUUUGUACGACGGCUCGUAGUACAACGUCAGAAAAUUAAUCUCCCGAUCACCGGAAUAGGACAACGUUCGACACAUGCUCGCUUCAAGAUUGUGUCUACGGUUCGUUCGCUAGUGACUGAAUACUCUGCUCCGGUUGACUUCGUCAUUCUACCGCGGGUUACUGUCGAUCUGCCAGCUACUUCGUUCAACAUUUCAUCCUGGAAAAUUCCACCCGGGAUCCAACUCGCAGACCCAUCGUUUCACCAAAGUGCUCCUAUCGACAUCAUAUUAGGAGCCGAACUAUUCUUUGAUCUGUUCAAAGCCGCUGGCAGAAUUCAGCUCGAUUCCAAUGGUCCACUGUUCGUGAACUCCGUCUUUGGCUGGAUCGUCUCCGGAAGAAACUCUACUGGCCAGUCAAUAGCUCCAGCAUCGGUUAAUAUCGCCACCAUCGUAGAUCUCCAGCAGCAAAUGGAAAAAUUCUGGACUGUUGAAGAAGACAGUACCUCUGCAAACUACUCGGUGGAAGAAGCAGCAUGUGAAGAACACUUCCAACGCAACGUAUCCAGAAAUUCCGAGGGUCGCUAUAUAGUUCGUCUACCUGUCAGGAACGACACUCUCUUCAAUCUAGAAGACAAUCGUCGUACAGCUAUUCGCCGUUUUCGUUUUCUGGAACACCGCCUGUUGCGUAAUGGAAAUCUCCGGAAACAAUACUGCGACUUCCUGGAAGAAUACUGUGCCCUCGGACACAUGUAUCGAGUGUACGACCAUGAGAAUGCACCAUAUCCGUCCUACCAUCUCCCUCACCAUUGCGUUGUUCGCGAGGACAGAUCAACAACAAAGGUACGCGUUGUCUUUGACGCGUCUUGUAAAACGCCGUCCGGUCCCUCCUUGAACGACGCACUCCUGGUGGGUCCAGUCAUCAAAGAGGACAUCAGGUCAAUCAUCAUACGAUCCCGGAUUCGUCCUAUAAUGAUGAUCGCUGACAUCAAACAGAUGUACCGACAGAUACUGGUGGACAAAGAGGACACUCCACUUCAGAGAAUUGUGUAA